AUGGCAUACAACCAGUCCUACAACCCCGAUGCGCUGCCAGCGCAUGCAGAGCCGGAACAGGUAGCGCAAAUGCUUGGUGCCAUGCAAUCCAGCAACUCGCACCACCAGAAGCAUUCUCGCCCGUCUCCUCACCCUCCCUCCAGCGGCGUCCCACCUCGAGUCCCCGUUUCUAGUGCCGGCAAUCCCCAUCCCCAGCGCUACGGCGCACCACCGAGUCAGCGUCCUCCCAUGGAGGCCCCGCAUGGUGGACGGUCGCCGGCAAACGUUCCUCCAGCGAGUCAACAACAACGCCCUCACCCACUACACCCUUCUCCUCCUCCGCAGAACUACGGCUUCGGGCCGCCUCCUAGCCAGCCAGUGCGCAAUCGUCCGCCGCCCGCGUCGCGUCCGCCCAACUCGCCGAACCAUGGCGCGCUGGCAGUUCCCGACGACGACCCGCAACAGCUAUUCCCCCUUUUCCGCGCUGCGAACACAUCUCAUUCGGGUACACUCACAGAGAUGGAGCUGGGCUCUGCUCUAGUGAACGGAGACUUCACAUCGUUUCACCCCAAGACCGUUAAGAUGAUGAUCCGCAUGUUUGAUCGGAACAACAGCGGGACGAUCUCAUUCGACGAGUUUGUGGCACUGUGGCGCUACCUUGCAGCGUGGCGGGAGCUGUUCGAUCGGUUCGAUCAAGACCGCAGCGGGCGCAUUAGCCUGUACGAGUUCGAGAAUGCACUGGUGGCCUUCGGGUACCGGCUGAGCCAGCCAUUUGUGAUGGUGCUGUUCCGGACGUUCGAGAACAAAGGGCGGCAGAUGAAUACUGGUCCUCCGUAUGGGCCGGCGAAACAGGGCAUGAGCUUCGAUUUGUUCGUGCAGGCGUGCAUUAGUCUGCGGCGCAUGACGGACGUCUUUAAGCGGUAUGAUGAUGAUCGCGACGGCUAUAUUACGGUGAGCUUCGAGGAAUUCUUGACUGAAAUCCUCCAGCUUCAGGAUGGAUAG